CUGGGUAACGGCCGCGGCGACCGCCCGGACGGCGCCGGUGCCCGCCGGCGGGCUCUCCUGUCGCCGUUCGCUGCGCUGCCUGCUUCUCGGUGAAUUUUUGGAUGAAGCCAUUAAAUUAAUUGCUUGCCAUCAUGAGCAGAAGCAAACGUGACAGCAAUUUUUAUAGUGUAGAGAUUGGAGAUUCUACAUUCACAGUCCUGAAACGAUAUCAGAAUUUAAAACCUAUAGGCUCAGGAGCUCAAGGAAUAGUAUGUGCAGCUUAUGAUGCCAUUCUUGAAAGAAAUGUUGCAAUCAAGAAGCUAAGCCGGCCAUUUCAGAAUCAAACUCAUGCUAAGCGGGCUUACAGAGAGCUAGUUCUUAUGAAAUGUGUUAAUCACAAAAAUAUAAUUGGCCUCUUGAAUGUUUUCACACCACAGAAAUCCCUAGAAGAAUUUCAAGAUGUUUACAUAGUCAUGGAGCUCAUGGAUGCAAAUCUUUGCCAAGUGAUUCAGAUGGAACUAGAUCAUGAAAGAAUGUCCUACCUUCUCUAUCAGAUGCUGUGUGGAAUCAAGCACCUUCACUCUGCUGGAAUUAUCCAUCGGGAUUUAAAGCCCAGUAAUAUAGUAGUAAAAUCAGACUGCACUUUGAAGAUUCUUGACUUUGGACUGGCCAGGACUGCAGGAACUAGUUUUAUGAUGACACCUUACGUAGUGACUCGCUACUACAGAGCACCUGAGGUCAUCCUAGGGAUGGGCUACAAAGAAAACGUGGAUUUAUGGUCUGUGGGGUGCAUUAUGGGAGAAAUGGUUUGCCACAAAAUCCUCUUUCCAGGAAGGGACUAUAUUGAUCAGUGGAAUAAAGUUAUUGAGCAGCUUGGAACACCAUGUCCUGAAUUCAUGAAGAAACUACAACCAACAGUAAGGACUUAUGUCGAAAACAGACCUAAAUACGCUGGCUAUAGCUUUGAGAAACUCUUCCCCGAUGUGCUUUUCCCAGCUGACUCGGAACACAACAAACUUAAAGCCAGUCAGGCAAGGGAUUUGUUAUCCAAAAUGCUGGUAAUUGAUGCAUCUAAAAGGAUCUCUGUUGAUGAAGCUCUCCAGCACCCGUAUAUCAAUGUCUGGUAUGACCCUUCGGAAGCAGAAGCUCCACCACCAAAGAUACCUGACAAGCAGUUAGAUGAAAGGGAACACACAAUUGAAGAGUGGAAAGAAUUGAUAUACAAGGAAGUUAUGGACUUGGAGGAGAGAACCAAGAAUGGAGUUAUACGGGGGCAGCCCUCUCCUUUAGGUGCAGCAGUGAUCAAUGGCUCUCAGCAUCCAUCAUCAUCAUCGUCUGUCAAUGAUGUGUCUUCAAUGUCAACAGAUCCGACUUUGGCCUCGGAUACAGACAGCAGUCUGGAAGCAUCUGCUGGACCUCUGGGCUGCUGUAGAUGACUACUUGGGCCUUGG